UUCAUUGCCUGUUCUUACUAUUGACCCUUCUCUAUCUGCAUUACCCUUUCUUACUUCCAAUUUUCACAACCCUUUCUUCUUUUCUUUCCAACCAUGCCAGUACUAGAAACCCUUGGUGGUGCUCUUUUUGGUGCUGUCCUUCAGGUGCUGUUUCACAAGCUGGAUUCUCAUCAAGUUUUGGAUUACUUUCUUGGAAGAAAGCUCGAUGGGAGGCUGCUGAAAAAGUUGAAGAGGAAGCUGGUGUCCGUCAAUGCUGUGGUUGAUGAUGCAGAACAAAAGCAGUUCACUGAUGCAUAUGUGAAAGCAUGGCUUGAUGACGUCAGAGACGUGUUGCUUGAUACCGAGGAUCUGUUGGAUGAAAUAGACUGCGAAUUCUCCAAAACUGAGUUGGAAGCUGAAUCCCAGACCAGUGCUAGCAAGGUAUGCGAUUUUGAAUCAAGGAUCAUAGAUGUCCUUGAUGACCUAGAUUCUCUUUUAGACCAAAAGAAUGAUCUAGGUUUGAAAAAUGUUAGUGAUGUUGGGGUUGGAUCAGGAUCGGGUAGUAAAGUGUCACAGAAAUUGUCAUCCACAUCUUUGGUGGUUGAAAGUGUUAUUUAUGGCAGAGAUUAUGACAAAGAUAUGAUCCUUAAUUGGCUGACUUCUGACACUGACAAUCAUAACAAGAUAUCAAUACUUUCGAUUGUGGGAAUGGGUGGGAUGGGUAAGACCACGCUUGCCCAACAUGUAUAUAACAACCCAAGGAUACAGGAGGCUAAAUUUGACAUCAAAGUCUGGGUCUGUGUUUCGGAUGAUUUUGAUGUUUUGAUGUUAACCAAGACAAUUCUUAACAAAAUCACUAAAUCAAAAGAAGACAGUGGAGACGACCUAGAAAUGGUUCAUGGAAGAUUGAAAGAAAAGUUGUCGGGGAAUAAAUAUCUUCUCGUUCUGGAUGAUGUUUGGAACGAAGAUCGAGACCAAUGGAAGGCUUUACAAACUCCUCUUAAAUAUGGGGCUAAGGGAAGUAAAAUUCUUGUCACGACUCGCAGUAACAAGGUUGCUUCAAUCAUGCAGUCAAACAAAGUACAUGAACUAAAGAAAUUACAAGAAGAUCACAGCUGGCAAGUUUUCGCUCAGCAUGCAUUCCAAGAUGAUUGUCCUAAGUUGAAUGCUGAGCUGAAGGAGAUUGGUAUAAAGAUAGUUAAGAAGUGCCAAGGGUUGCCUCUAGCCUUAGAAACAGUUGGAUGUCUUUUACACAAAAAGCCAUCUGUUUCACAAUGGGAAGGUGUAUUGAAAAGCAAGAUGUGGGAGUUACCGAUCGAAGACAGUAAAAUCAUCCCUGCUUUAUUGUUGAGCUAUUACCAUCUUCCUUCUCAUCUCAAGAGAUGUUUUGCUUAUUGUGCCUUAUUCCCCAAAGAUCACCGGUUUUACAUGGAGGGUUUAAUUCAGUUAUGGGUGGCUGAAAAUUUUGUACAAUGCUCUACCCAGAGUAAUCCUCAAGAAGAAAUUGGUGAACAAUACUUCAAUGAUCUAUUAUCAAGGUCCUUCUUUCAACGAUCAAGUAGAGAAAAGUGUUUUGUCAUGCAUGAUCUUCUCAAUGAUUUGGCAAAAUAUGUUUGUGGAGACAUUUGUUUCAGGUUAGAAGUUGAUACACCAAAAAGUAUAUCAAAAGUCCGUCAUUUUUCAUUUGUACCUGAAUACGAUCAAUAUUUGGAUGGGUACGAGAGUUUAUAUCAUGCUAAAAGGCUACGGACAUUUAUGCCCAUACGAGAUACAUUUAUUUGGGGUGGUAGGAAACUAGUAGAUGAGUUGUUCUCCAAGUUUAAGUUCUUACGCAUCUUAUCUUUGUCUCAUCAUAACCUUAAAGAGAUGCCUGACUCAGUAGGCAAUCUUAAGCAUCUUCGUUCGUUAGACCUUUCCAAUACUCGCAUAAAAAAACUACCUGAUUCAACAUGUUUUCUCUGUAACUUGCAAGUCUUGAAGCUGAAUUUUUGUCACCUUUUGGAGGAGCUACCCUCAAAUUUGCAUAAACUCACCAAUUUGCGCUGUCUUGAAUUUAUGUUGACUAAAGUGAGAAAGAUGCCAAUGCAUAUUGGAAAACUGAAGAAUCUUCAGGUGUUGAGUUCGUUUUAUGUUGGAAUGGGCAGCGACAACUGCAGUAUUCAACAGCUAGGGGAACUCAAUCUUCGUGGAAGGCUAUCAAUUGAGGAGCUGCAAAAUAUUGUGAAUCCCUUGGAUGCAUUGGCCGCAGAUUUGAAAAAUAAAACUCAUCUUCUGGAUCUAGAGUUAGAAUGGAAUGAGGGCCGGAACCUUGAUGAUUCAAUAAAAGAAAGACAAGUACUUGAGAAUCUGCAACCUUCAAGACAUUUGGAGAAAUUGUCAAUCCGGAACUACAGUGGUACUCAAUUUCCUAGUUGGUUAUCGGAUAAUUCAUCAUGUAAUGUGGUGUCCUUAAGCUUGAAGAACUGUAAAUAUUGCCUAUGUUUGCCUCGCCUUGGACUUUUGCCAUUUCUGAAGGAGCUUUCAAUUGGAGGGCUUGAUGGGAUCGUGAGUAUUAAUGCUGAUUUUUUCGGGAGUAGCUCUUCUUCAUUUGCAUCCUUGGAAUCUUUGGAGUUCUACGAUAUGAAGGAAUGGGAAGAAUGGGAAUGUAAAGGUGUGACAGGUGCUUUUCCACGUCUUCAACGUCUUUCUAUGGAGUGUUGUCCCAAGCUGAAAGGGCACUUGCCAGAGCAACUAUGUCAUUUAAAUGAUCUAAAGAUUUCUGGGUGCGAACAACUUGUACCUUCUGCUCUCAGUGCCCCAGAUAUUCAUCAAUUAACCCCAGGAGACUGUGGAAAGCUGCAAAUUGAUCAUCCGACAACUUUGAAAGAGCUUACCAUUACAGGUCACAACAUGGAGGCAGCGUUACUCGAACAGAUUGGACGCAAUUACUCUUGUUCAAAUAAGAAUAUUCCCAUGCACAGUUGCUAUGAUUUCCUUGUAUGGUUGCGCAUCAAUGGUGGCUGCGACUCUCUAACGACCAUUCACUUAGAUAUCUUCCCAAAACUCAAGGAGCUUCAUUUCGGGAAGUGUCCUAAUCUACAGAGGAUUUCACAGGGGCAGGCUCAUAAUCAUCUCCAGCGUCUGAGUAUGAGAGAGUGCCCCCAAUUAGAAUCAUUGCCUGAAGGAAUGCAUGUCCUCCUUCCAUCUCUUGAUCAUCUGGGCAUAGGUGAUUGUCCAAAAGUUGAAAUGUUUCCCGAAGGAGGUUUGCCAUCAAAUUUAAAAGAUAUGGGUCUUUAUGGUAGUUCCAAAUUUAUCUCCUUAUUGAAAAGUGCCUUGGGAGGCAAUCAAUCUCUAUUUAUCUUAGGUAUUGGAGGACUGGAUGUUGAGUGUCUUCCGGAGGAAGGUGUGCUGCCACAAUCUCUUGUUAUUCUACGGAUAAGGGAGUGUGGAGAUCUAAAAAGACUGGACUACAAAGUUCUCUGCCACCUCUCCUCUCUCUCGAUAUUGAUUCUUGAAGACUGCCCCAGGCUCGAAUGCUUACCAGAGGAGGGUCUGCCCAAAUCCAUUUCAACUUUGCACAUUCGGAACUGUCCGUUGCUCAAUCAACGUUGCCAGGAACCCGAAGGUGAAGACUGGCCAAAGAUUGCUCACAUUAAACGCGUGUCAUUAAACGGAAACUAGGAAAUUGGCGAAGGUCGUCAAACUCAAAUUUUCUUGUGUCCAUGGAAAAGAUACAUUGCUCGAUGACCAAUGUCCUACUGGUGCCUUUGAAAGUCCUUGAGUGCAGAUUAGCUACUUGCUAUCCUGGGAGAUGCAUGCUCAUUCUAAAUUGUUUUAAACAUUAGUUUAUGUACAGCUAAAUUUGUAACAGGAUUAUGGGCAUUGCUUUUGUCGGGAAUUCACUGACUUACUAAUUCCAGAGGUUACAUCAUGCAAGUACAUUUCUAAAAUUUCAUAUUUGUUUUCUUCUAAAACUAAUGAUCGUCAAUUCAUGAUACUUCUAACUUCUUUGGGGCUUUCUUCAGCUAUCUGAAUCCAUGUAAAUGCACAAAAUACAUAUGGAAGAAAUUAAAAUUCUGCAAGUUGUGGGUAAACCCAUUAGACACACAAACAUGGGCAGACUUACACACUUGAAAAUUUGAGGCUCGAAAUCGUCGUCUGACAUUCUUAUCAUCCAAAACUUGAAUCUCAAAUGUGAAAUACUUCUUUAGAUUCUUGACAAUCAAAACCAAGAAUGGAAGUUUUAUACCUAGUGUUGCAGCUGGGUCAGCUGGGCAGGUAAUGUAUGUGGACUGAAUAUUUGAUCCAAUUAUUUCCAGUACAUUGGAUUGUAUGUCUUCAUCCUGUGGUCGUUUAACAUGGCCAUUCACAACUAAACAAAGUUCAAGAAAAAUCAGUCACAUAAUAUUUACCUUGAACAUGAAAAAGAUUGUUCUUAUAAUCAAACAAGCCACAAAUAUGCUAACUAUGAGGCCAGCUUUCAUGAUUUUUCCAUAGAAGGGCAUUUGGGUUUUUCAGAAUUUAUAAGAGGAUUACUCGGUUGUUUUUAUCUGAAGGCAUGAAAAAUGGUAAUACACAAUUAUGUAGCAGCAUGAGACACCUGCCAAAGAAACAAGUACCAAGCCCUAUCUCCUGCCGGGCAAUUACAGCCACUACCAGUACCCAUUCGGGUUUGGCCAGACAUUUUUAUGGAUUUCAUUGGACUAUUGGAGGGUUAACUAAGGCCAAUGUAGUGGACACUAUCAUGGUUAUAGUGUAUAGAUUCACUAAAUAUGCCCAUUUUGUGGUUUUAAGUCACCCUUACUUGGCUAAGGAAGUGUCCGAAGUUUUACUAAAGAAGCUGUUAAACUGCAUGGCUGCUCAUCAUCAAUAGUCUCUGACUGGGACAGGCUCUUUCUUAUCAGCUGAUUUUGGACUGAGUUAUUCAAGAUGGAAGGUACCAAACUCAAAUUUAGUUUGGCUUACCACCCUCAACCUGAUGGCCAAACUAAGGUUGUCAAUAGAUGCAUAGAGAUGUAUUUGCAAUGUUUAACAAGUUCAAAACGUAAGCAAUGGCCAAAUGUCUCAGUUGGGCUGAGUAUUGGUAUAACACCAAUAAUCAUGGCACCACUGCAUGUACCUGGUUUCUUUUUCCCUUAAUUAAUAAUACAGAAGAUUCAAUCUUUUCCA